AUGGACUCGGAGAAGAACAGCAGCGGUAUCCCGCUAUACACACGGAAGAACAGAAAGGGUCUAAGCUCGUACGCAUGGCUCGGGUUUGUGCUGGUGGCCCUGGUGGCGUCUGCAACGGUGUUGCAGCAGUGCUACUCGCCGGACAGGGCUAUUGCCGGGAGGCUGGGGAAGGCUGGGGCGGCUGCAGCACAGCCAAAGUGUCCCUCGGUGGGGAUCCACAGACCUGAGACGUAUGACACAUACAAGAAGACGUUGGACAAGAUCAUGAACGACGAGGGGUUCAGAAACGAGUCUGUGUCGAAGAUGCAGCAUGCGGUGCGCAUCGACACGUCGAGCUUCGACGACCUGCCGCUCGACGUGGGCAGCAACCUCCCGCUCUUCGAGCACUUCGACGUCUUCCUCGACAGCUUGCGCAAAGACUUCCCGCUCUUCCACGAGCACACCGAGCUGCACAAGGUCAACCACCACGGCCUUGUGUACAUCUGGCAGGGCAGCGACGAGUCCCUCAAGCCGCUGCUCUUGAUGGCGCACCAGGACGUGGUCCCCAUCUCGGAGGACUCUCUCGCCAAGUGGGAGCAUGGUCCCUUCUCGGGCGACUAUGACGGCAAGUACCUCUACGGCAGAGGCUCCGGCGACUGCAAGAACCUCCUCAUCUCGCACUUCGAGGCCGUCGAGGAGCUCAUCAAGGCCGGCUUCAAGCCAAAGAGAACCGUCGUGUUUUCCUACGGCUUUGACGAGGAGAUCUUGGGCCCUCGGAACAAGAACGCAGAGUUCAUCGAGGAGCUCUACGGCGCAAAGUCCAUGUACGCCGUCAUGGAUGAAGGUGGAGUCUCCAUGAUGGAAAUCAGCGGCACCACCAUGGCUGUCGUCGGCACAGGUGAAAAGGGAUACCUUGACGUCUCCCUCUCCAUCCAGAAGAAAGGAGGCCACUCCUCCGUCCCUCAGGAUCACACCGCCAUCGGCAUGAUGGGCAGUCUCAUUGUCGAGAUAGAGAACGACAAGUUCCCAACCUACUUCGUUGAGAAAAACCCAACCUUCUACCAGUAUGUGUGUCUUGCCGAACAUGCCGUCGACAUCGACCCACUCCUAAAGCAGGACAUCCUCAACUCUCAAAUCGACGAACAGGCCAACGCCAACGUCAGAGAGUUCAUGAACAGAGACAGAUUCACGAGUUAUGCCAUCAAAAGUACACAAGCCCUAGACGUUAUACACGGGGGUGUCAAGUACAACGCCCUACCAGAGUUCGUUGAGCUCGUCGUCAACUCUAGAGUCGCCGUGGAGGAAAGCGUCACAUUCGCAUUCAAGAAGUUCCUCAAAGACGCCGAGACAAUUGCUCGUCAGUACAAUAUUGGUCUCAGUGCUCAGUUCCCAUACAGCAACGGCACAGAGGUGGUUAUUCUUCCUGCCACAGACGUCGGAAUAAUGACCGUCAAGCCUAUUACCAUCUUGGAGCCUUCGCCAGUUACUGCUGCCAACGACAUGCACUGGAAAAUCUUUGCCGGAACUGCUCGCCAUGUCUAUGAAGAGCUCGCUUAUCCAGAUAGAUUCAACAACUCUGACGAACAAGUGGUAGUCACUCCAGGUUUGGGAACGGGAAAUACCGACACAAAAUUGUACUGGAACUUGACAGAUCAUAUCUACAGAUACAGACCUGGUGUCCUUCCAAGUGUCAACGGUAACUCCCACGGAAUUAACGAAUACAUUGAAUUCGACUCUCAUUUACAAUGUAUUGCAUUCAUCUUCGAAUACAUCCAGAGUGUUGAUGAAAUCCAAGACUAA